AUGUCUGCCGACGGCCAUCUGUGGUUUCAAAGAACCUGGAGGGUUUCCCACGUAUGGUGGGUGGUUUUGGUGGUGCGACUCGUCAAUGCUUUCAGUAUCUCGACUUUUUUCCAGCCGGACGAGUUUUUCCAGUGUUUGGAGCCAGCUCAUCGGUUAGUGUUUGGAUAUGGCUAUUUGACAUGGGAAUGGCAGCAGGGCCUUAGGUCGUCGAUUCAUCCGUUGAUAUAUGCUGGGGCAUAUAAAUUGGUGAGUCUAGUUACAGAUAACACCGUGUUUGUGGUGCUGGCACCAAAAGUUAUGGGUGCUAUUUUGGCUGCAACUGCAGAAGCACAUUUGUACGUUUUUGCCAAAAGAUAUACCAAUAAUGAGCAGAUGGCCAAGAUAACAGUCAUAUUGUCGAUAUUGAAUCCUUUCAACUGGUACGUGAUAACUAGGUCCUUCUCCAAUACGUUGGAGAUGGUUCUUACUACCAUUGGGUUGGCUUAUUGGCCUUGGAGAUCGUCCGACUAUAGAACGAUGUUUGUACCCUGUGGGUUUGCGUUUGUGAGUUGUAUUAUUCGGCCUACAAAUUCUAUUAUAUGGCUUGUUCUAGGGGUCUAUUUUGUUGCCAUUGUAAGCUUGCAGUCAAACUUCAAACUUGUGGCCGGUUUAGCAGUCGAAUUGCUGGUCAUAUUUGGGGUUAGUACGUUGCUAGACCGACUUUUCUACGGGUUUUAUACCUUUGUGUUGUACAAUUUCGUGGAGUUCAACGUGAUCAGGAACCUCUCAGUAUUCUAUGGAUCCUCCCCAUGGCACUUUCAUAUUUUCCAAUCGAUUCCCAUCAUCCUUACAACGUACUUGCCAUUUUUCGUUCAUGCCGUUUGGAAAUUCAAACUUUACAGAGACAUCUUGGGAUUGGUUUGUAUGAGCACCCUCUUGCUAUUCUCGUGUAUCGGCCACAAGGAGUUUAGGUUCAUCUACCCGUUGAUGCCAAUUUUCCUAUUGUACAGUGCAUAUUCGGUGAGACAGGUUUACUUGAAGUCUCGGACAUUCAAAGCAUGGGCAGUGUUGGUUAUUGUACUCAACGUUGUGAUUGCCCUAUUCUUCACCACUGUUAACGAACGAGGAGAAAUCGACAUAUUGGACUACUUGAAGUCAGAAAACGUAUUGGACUACUUGAAGUCAGAAAACGUAUUGGACGUCGGCUUCCUUACCCCAUGCCAUUCCACUCCCUGGCAAAGCCACUUGCAUGAUCCCAGGUUCAACAACUCCUGGUUCAUCACAUGCGAGCCUCCGUUGCAUCUCACGGGGAAGGACCCACAAUUACUUCGUGAGUACAGAGACGAGUCGGACCAAAUGUACGAUGAUCCACGCCACUUUGUCCACACCAACUUUCCCCCAGAAAUCGACUCUGUAGCUGAUGAGUUCAAAUACAAUUGGCCUGCACGAGUGGUGAUUUUCGAAGCGUUUGUUGAAAUGGAUGAAAUACUCAAGCACCUUGGAUACGUUGAGUGCAAGCGUCUUUUCAACAGCUACUUCCACUGGGACGACCGACGCCGGGGAGACCUUGUGGUUUUCUGCAGACCUGGUGGUUCAUAG